AGAGUAUUGACACUUAGUCUAAGUUCGAGUUUUGUUAAAUUUUCGAGUAUGUGACAUUUAUAGAAGCCACUGCUUGGUAAGGAGCUAUUACAAUCAGAUGUUUCAGUUUAACAUAUCAAGAAUUGAAGGUCAUGUCGCAGUUGGUUAUGCGAAAUGUGUAGUAUCAGAAUACAUGAAAUCAGCGCGUUUGUACAGAUCGUAACUCAUGGUGUCGGCCGUCUCCUGUUAUGUAAAUAUAUUUAUUGCUACAAAACCUUCAGUGCUUUAUACUUAUCAUUUUUUAAUUAUUUAAUGAGAUAAUUUGAAAUUGAUAUACCAGACAGAUCACCUUGAGAUAACUCACUUUGAUUUUUGCAACUACUGUGCAAUGUUUGAGUGGGCAUACAGUGGAGUGAAUGCAUCAUUGCCUGGUAAUGGUGGCCCAGAAUGUGCUUCAUUUCUCUCUUUGUCAAGAAGAAUAACUGAGACAGGCAUAACAUUGGCCUUUGCUGUGAUAUGUAUUCUAUGGGGCUAUAGAAACCUGUCUCUCAUACCACAGAUCUGCAGCUGUGGCCAGAAAAAUGAUACUGGGAAGAGGGUGCUAUUGGUUGUCAUAUCCCUCAUGUGGGGGAUGGAAAUAGGUUUCAAAUUUGCAUCAAGAACUGUGAUAUAUUUAUUCAAUCCCUGCCACAUAACAACUGCUUUACAGAUAUAUUUGUUGGCUGCACAACCAAGCAAAUUAGUCACCAUAAUAUAUAGACUUCAGUUGAAUUUCUUGAAUGGUGCAGUCUUGGCAUGCGCCUUUCCUUGGACGGAAACUCGUGUGUUUCCCUUUGAAAAAUCUAUAUAUUGGAUUCAACAUAGUAUGAUGGUGAUUGUGCCUUACUAUUUACUACAGUUGGGAGGGGCAUAUAAUGUAGAAAGGUAUUCAGACUUCAGCUGGUGUCUUGUGGCCUAUGGGAUGAACCUUCUUUACCAUUUCGUUAUUCUACAAGCAGUUGCCAUUCCUUUACAGGUAAAUCUGAACCUUAUGUUAUGUCCAAUGGAGCUGGAUCCAUUUUAUGGUCCAUAUUAUCGCAUCAUUGCUGUGGCACAUCAGGCAAUACUUUGUCCCUUAACUUGCAAAGUCUUCUGUGCUGUCUCCUCUCUCUUCGCAACUCCAAAGCAAUGCCUGUGUGACCCCUCAUGUGAAUGCAAUUUGGAACAGUGCUGCAAUCAGAAAAGGCUUCUUCACAAAGACUGAAGUUAUGAUCUUUUACUACAGGGUUUCCAGCUCUUAAAUUAUGUGUCACCAAUCCUUUGUAACUAGGCAGAAUGUUUUCAUUGAAAUUACUGGCAUAUUGUGAUAAGCAUUGUAUUUCAGUUUAAAAAAAUUUCAUAGGAUAAUUUUAUAGAUGAAUGUAGUUUUUGUUUUGCAUGGGCACAGUAGAUUAAUAGAAAUGAGCCUAAACAGUUUUUUAAACAUCUCUCUAAUAUGGAAGCAUAGGAAUCUCAUAUAUCCAAAAUGACGCAGUAUGAAGUAUUUUUUCCUUUGCAUUUUCUUUAUGGUCCCAUCUCUUCAUGUCAGCCAAUCCCAAUUAUACAACCAUAGGAGUAAUUAUUAAUGUGUCUUGUGUGUACAGUAGUAUUAUACAGGUGUCCAUAAAGUCUCUUUACAGUUUUAAAAAUUUGUUACAAAGGCAAAUGAAAAGACAGAUAAGUGGAAAUUGUUACAACAUGAGACGUAUAUAUUUAAGUCGUCCAUUCCUCCCUUUAUUGAAUAUUGUCCCCGUCUCCAUAAAUUUUUUGUGCCAUGCACGAAUUGAUGGAUGUGAUGCUGGAUCUCUUCCAUACUUAAUUCUGAAGUUUUGCUGAGUCUGCAGAUCCGAUUUUGUUUCAAUAAACCAUGAUACACACUGUGCCUUCUCUUGAGGAGUAGCCAUUUUGUACGGGGUUCAUUUACCAGUACCUCAUUCAUCAACAGGGUACCUGAAAUACACAAAUGCCAUGUGAUAAAAAUUUUGGUAACCACUAAAUACAUACAACAAAUCUGAUGAAGAUAUCGCAUCAGUUGCCUUUCGAAUAAAUUUUUGAAAUUGUGAAGAGACUUCAUGGACACCCUGUACUUUGGCAGAAUGUUUUCAUGUUUAGUACGUUGCUGUUACUUCACUUUCAGUUACUUCUCAUUCUCUUCACACUUCAUUCAGUAGAGGGGUCAUGUAGUCAAUUAUGGUAUAGAUAGAUCUGUAAUUUUCUUGCUAAUCAUAAUAUGGAUGCCGCUAUAUUUGCAAGUAUACAGUUUUUCAGUUUUUUCGUACCUCAUGGCUGUUCAGAUGUAGUAGUAUUGUAGUGUAAAGGACAGAAAAGGUGAAACCUUGUAUGAAGUUUUAAAAACCUACACUCUGCCUUGGAUCAACCACUGAUUUACAUGUGUUGCAGACAGAACAGCAUCUGUGUAUUUUGUGUAUGUUGGAAAUUUGUUGUUGCACGGUAAUUAGCUUCUGCCAUAACUCCUACUGACCUAAACAUUACAUUUCUGUUCCAUUAACUAUUGCAGUAGGCCGCGCCAUAGCUCAAGUGGUUAGGCGCUGGCUUUCCACCGCGGCGGCCUGAGUUCGAUC